CUUGUCUUUUCGAUUACCAGACAUUUCCUUCAAUGAUGUUCAUGCUAAGAUUAACUACUAUAAAGCUUAUGCAACUGUUAAUGGAUUGUCUAAAAAAGCUAUUCUAACAGAAUUAGAUGCUGGUCCUAAUAUACUACAAGAACUUGAAAACUUUAUGAAUAGUUUUAUCACUAAAUAUAAACCAAAAAGCAAGAAAAAGUAA